AGAGAAACAGAGCAUCGCUUGUAAGCUCCGCCACGAGGGGCUUCAUACCACGUGACCACGCUGAAAGCCUUCUCAGCACCGCGGCUACUUUGCAAUAAGACUGUGCAGCAAAAAAAAAAUAUAUAUAUAUAUAUUAUAGAGAGAGAGAGAGAGAGAGAGAGAGAGAGAGAGAGAUUUCUUUUCCCUACAAGGAUGUUAAAAGUUUUGGAUUACUUCACAGCUUGCCUGGAUGCAUAACAUCUUCAUACGUUUUAAACAGGGUUAAUUUAGAAAACUUUCUUUUAAGCCAAUCGAACAGUGGACACGUUCACGCUGAAGCCGGCUUUUACUAGCAGCACGUCUGAGUGCACGUGGACUUUUUGGUGUGCGGAGCGCGAGCGCAGGCAUGCGGCAGCGCAAUGAGCCAUGAAACAUCUCGCAGAGUCCAGAGCGUCUGAAAGGAGAAAGGUAGGUUGGCUGUACGUCAUGUCCUGACAUGAGAUGAACCUAAAUAGCUACACAUACAGACUGUGGAGGGAUUGCCAAACAGAAUCCUAUUCAAGAAUGAGGAAUAAAUAUGUUAUCUUCAUCAUCUGCAUUGUGGCCCUCGUCAUCAUUGAAAAGGAAAACAAUAUUAUCUCAAGGGUCUCUGACAAGCUCACACACAGACAGACACAACAAACCCCAGACCCUCUUUCUUUCUUCAAUGGCUCCAGUUUGUAUGACAGUGAGAUGAGUAUAAAUUCCACACAGUUUGUAGAUGCAGACCAGACUGGUCAAAAGCACAUUCUCUUAUUGGCCACAACUCGCACUGGAUCCUCCUUUGUAGGUGAGCUUUUUAACCAGCUUGGCACCAACAUGUUCUACCUGUUUGAGCCACUGUGGCACAUAGAGAAGACACUUUCAGAGGACACAGGGAUCCCCAAUUCCAACAUCUCAUCUGUUGCAUACCGGGACGUGCUGCUAAGCCUAUUCUCAUGUGACUUCUCGCUGCUGGAGAGCUUCAUCAGCCCACCCCCUCUUGAGCAUGUCACUCCAGCUCUGUUCCGCCGUGGUUCUAGCAUGGCGCUGUGUGAGGAGCAGGUGUGCACACCAGUGCAGAAGAAUGUUUUUGAGAGGUAUCACUGCAGAACACGCCGCUGUGGCCCUCUCAACUUCACCUUGGCCUCACAGUCCUGUCUGAGGAAGAAGCACAGGGCCAUCAAGACGGUUAGGGUUCAGCAGCUGGACUCACUCCGUUUGCUAGUGGAAGAUCCUAGAUUUGAUAUUAAGGUUAUACAGCUGGUGAGAGACCCACGUGCUGUCCUGGCCUCAAGAAUGGUAGCCUUUUCUAGCAAAUACCAGACUUGGAAAAGUUGGGCAGCAAAUGGAGAUGUACCCAUUGAUGAUGAAGAAGUGAAACGGCUGCAAGGAAAUUGCAAUCAAAUCCGCGAGUCUGCCGAGCUGGGCUUGAGCCAACCGGAUUGGCUGGAAAAUCGCUACAUGCUUGUGCGCUAUGAGGACAUUGCCAGAUACCCCGUGCAGAAAGCGGCUGAGAUGUAUGGGUUUACUGGGAUUCCAUUCACAUCACAUGCAAGGGAAUGGAUCAUUAAGAACACACAUGCUUCAGAGGUUGCCAGUGGAGUGUAUUCUACACAGAAGAACUCUUCAGAGCAGGUAGAAAAGUGGCGCUUCAGUAUACCCUUCAAAUUAGCCAAAGUUGUGCAAGAGGUUUGUGGGCCGACUAUGGAGCUAUUUGGAUAUCGAUUUGUUGACAGUGAGGAGACACUACUUAAUAAGUCUAUUAGCUUGCUUGAAGAAAAACGGUUUAAUUUUUCAUAUGUUACAGAUUUUUACUUAUAGUUUUAGCAGUAACUAGGGUUACAGAUGUUAAACAGAGCAGUGAAUGUAUUUUCAAAUGCAUAAAUACCACACUGGAGCACAGAUGUUGUAUGCCUUCAGCGCUUACCUCAUGGUUUAGCUUUAAUCAAAGUGCAUUCAGUUUGGUUCGACUAAUUAAGAUACUGAAUGAUUAAUUAAUUGUAUUUGCUGCUUGUGUUUGAAAAGGGAUUUUAUUUGUAUGAGUAAAUUAGGUUGUUGUUUUUAGUCCUGGAGACACUUUUAGCCAAACACUUUUACCUAAGUUGUUUUUGUGUCUUUUAUAGUUUCUUUGGAAAUUUUGUGAUGCUGGACAAAACUGUUUUCUUAAACAGCAUAAAUGUGCGUUUACUGUUUGUGUUCCGAACACAAAAUGAAGACAAAGCCAGAAUGAGACUUUUGCACAAGACUAAUGGAUACUAGAUACAACUUCAAAGCAGGAGCUGUUAAACAGUUCAUUUAAAGUGAAAUGUUAACAGGUCAUCCUGUAAGGCAACUGUUAUAACUUUAUAACGUUAAACUUUUUUUUUUCCUUUUCUGGUUUUCUGGUUUCUGUGUUUUAAUAUUUGGAUUAAAUGUGCAUUACUGGAUGAUGUAAAAUGGGGGAGAUAGAUAAAUAAUAUUUCAUAAAUAAUUAAUAAAUAAAAUAACACAAGAAGUAGGAUGGUUUAAUAAUCUAAAAAUAAAAGACAAUGAUGCAGAUACUUUGGCAAAGGAAGAGUGGAUUUUAUAAUGUAUAAAUAUAAUGCUAGCUCAUUUAAAGUCAUACAACAUAUAUACCAACAAUCUACAUCUGACUGAUUUCUUACAAAUUGACAGUACUUAUGACUGUUGUUUAUAAAUAAAAUUAAAUGAAUGUGACUUAGCACUGUGAACUGUCCCAAAACAUUGGUGUUAUUUCAGAUAUUUUGGGUGUGCAAAUUCUCCAUGGUUCAAAUCACUUGACAAUUUGAUGCAAAAAACAAAAAUUGUAUCAAAAAAAUCCCGAACUGUAGUCCGAACAUGAAUAUGUAACCAUAAUUUGUCUUUGUAACUCCAAUGAGGACAUGUUUGUUUCUAGUACUAAACUUUUUUCACCAAGCUUUAAGUUACAUUUUGAAUUAUUAGAGAUGCAAAACUAAUUGUGUACAAUUGGUUCUUAACUUCAGUCCUAGGAAUAUGCCGUGCAGUACAGGUUAUAUUUUCCCUACAAUAAAACACCAGGCCAAUUUAGUUAAUGGUUUGUUAAUGAGCUGAUGAGUGGUGUUGGAUCAGGAAAAACAAAAAAUGUGCAGACUCGAACUAGAACUGGAAUUUAGAAGCAGGGGCACCAUAAUUGUGGAAAUUGUGUAGGGACUGAAUGAUUCCAGGUGACUGGAGUUAGACAGAGGUCCUGAAACACGUGCCUUAAAGAAGAGCUUGUUGAAGUGGAGUAGGGUGGAGUGAGGGGUGAAGGUGGGCACCAUGGUGAUGCAACCAACUUGAAUAUGUAGCAACAUUUUUAUGGUGUGCCUUUUUUUAAGAAACAUGUAAAAUCAGAUGUGUCACAAAUUCCCAAUGAAGCCAUGGAGCAUUAAUCAUUCUGUGUUAACCACUGACCUCAUAAAGGACCGUGUGUAAUAAAAGACAGGGAGACCAGUGAAGUCAAACAUGACCAACUGUUUUUAUUUUCGUUUCCAUGGAUGUUUUUCUUGAACUCAUUUUGUGCUGUCUUAGAGUGUACUUCAUGUCCCUAUCUUAUAAGGCUGCAUUGUGCAUAGAGGCAAGCUCGUGGGACACAUGGCUCCUCGUGUGUGUACGUGUGUGUGUGUGUAUGUGGCUGUGCUGUGUUUUCAGGACAUGCUGCGCCCUCUCUGAGAGCUGCUCGGAGCAAAUUGAGGCUCACCCAGCUGCUGAACGGCUCUUUCAUACAGCCCCUCUCCCCACCACCUCCACAGCACACAGACCUGCCUAUUCAACACUCAGCAGCUCCAAAAACCUGGGACACACACUGGCAGUCUGUGAAGACAUUACUGCACAUUUAGUAAAAUUACAGUUUAUUAGUAAGUAGAUUAUUCAUGAAUGGCAUAGUGAAAUAAACUGUGUUGUAUAAAUGUCUCUCUUCAAACUAGCAGAGUAACUGAUUUCAAAAGAAAUUGUUGCAGUGAAAAAUGACACAAAGAAGUUUAUGUGCAUGCAAAGGCUGGGCCUGAGAUAAACAAAGAGUUUUUUUUAGUAAAGCUAAUGUUUAGUUCAUAGCUGGUAGCACUUUUUUUUAUCUUUGACUUCAGUGUUUUUCCUGAGCUUUCCACAGGGACAAAGAAAGUAACUGCUGGCCAGACUUAUGGGGGAAGAGAGCAAAUUCAGUCCACAUUUACUCUGAUGGCCUCUGCUGCCUGUAUAAAGAAGCCUUGUCUCCAUUUGAUUAACAUCAGAGAAAUCAAAGAUCAACAUACUGAUACAAUUAAACUAAAUAUAACUACAUCACAAAGAUUGUCUCUCUUAAAAAACUGGUACAAACAGAUUAUACAAAAUAAAUAUUACACAUAAUGAUUCACACCUUCCACCGAGUCCCCACAUAUGUAUUGAAAACUUGUGGCCUGAAAAGGCUCAAUGUGUAAUUCUUUCCACAGUGAUCUCAACAAGGAGGUGCCAAUAAUACUGAAUUUACUGUUCUGCAUAAUAAAUUUUAUUUUUUUUUUACUAUUCAACCAAAUGUUUUUAUGUUCAAAUAAAACUAUAUUUUUAAGUUCAAAAUAUCACUGCAUAUACUCUUAGGAAAUUUUCAAGGCAUAUUGAGCAUUGGAGAAGCCUUCAGAGUUUCUAUGUAGCAUAGUUUCUGUUAAUGUUCCCUUACCCUUAAGGAUCUCGUGAACCCUUAAAAAUCAUUCCCAUUAUUUUGAUGGGAGUUUGUGUAUAAUUUUAUAUAUUCAUGAAGGCCAUUUUUGUAUUCAUUUUAUGAGUAGGGGAUUUCUAGGUUUCAGCGGUGAGACACAAUAAAAGCUAUGGCCGUAAAUGCGUUGCUGCUGUCAUUGUCAUUACCUUACCAUUACAUUACCAUUACCUUGUCAGAAACCUUAACAUCUACUGUAGAAAAACAUGU